CCUGUUUACCCAGGAGUUAGAGCCCUUGGGGGUCCCCUGCCCCUCCUCUCAGCCCCCCCCCACGGGUUGGGGCCUUGACCCGGGAGUCCCCGUUGGCUACCCUCUUCCCCCCUCCUUCGAUCACCCUCUAUUUAUAGCGGCCCCCAGCAUUCCCCGCCCUCCCCCUCCUUGUUGUCCAACUUCUCCCGGAGCAGCAGGAGAGCGGGCGUCGGGACACAGCCGAGGAGGCCACCAUGGCAGAGCUGCAGGAGGUGCAGAUCACUGAGGAGAAGCCACUGUUGCCAGGACAGAUACCUGAGGCAGCCAAGGAGGCUGAAUUAGCUGCCCGAAUCCUCCUGGACCAGGGACAGACUCACUCUGUGGAGACACCUUAUGGUUCUGUCACUUUUACUGUCUUUGGCACCCCCAAGCCCAAACGCCCAGCGAUAUUCACCUACCACGAUGUGGGACUCAACUAUAAAUCUUGCUUCCAGCCACUGUUUCAAUUCGGGGAUAUGCAGGAAAUCAUUCAGAACUUCGUGCGGGUUCAUGUGGAUGCCCCUGGCAUGGAAGAGGGGGCUCCUGUGUUCCCUUUGGGAUAUCAGUAUCCAUCUCUGGACCAGCUUGCAGACAUGAUUCCUUGCAUCCUGCAGUACUUAAAUUUCUCUACAAUAAUUGGAGUUGGUGUUGGAGCUGGAGCCUACAUCCUGUCACGAUAUGCUCUUACUCAUCCGGACACAGUUGAAGGUCUGGUUCUUAUCAACAUUGAUCCUAAUGCCAAAGGCUGGAUGGAUUGGGCAGCCCACAAGUUAACAGGCCUCACCUCUUCCAUUCCGGAGAUGAUCCUUGGACAUCUUUUCAGCCAGGAGGAGCUGUCUGGAAAUUCUGAAUUAAUACAGAAGUACAGAAAUAUUGUUACACAUGCACCCAACCUGGAGAACAUUGAGCUGUACUGGAAUAGCUACAACAACCGCCGAGACCUGAACUUUGAGCGUGGUGGUGAGAUCACUCUCAAGUGCCCUGUGAUGCUGGUGGUAGGAGAUCAAGCACCGCAUGAAGAUGCAGUGGUGGAAUGUAACUCAAAACUGGACCCCACACAAACCUCAUUCCUUAAGAUGGCUGAUUCUGGAGGUCAGCCGCAGCUUACUCAGCCAGGCAAGCUGACCGAGGCUUUCAAGUAUUUCCUGCAAGGCAUGGGCUACAUGGCUUCAUCCUGCAUGACUCGCCUGUCCCGGUCUCGUACAGCCUCUCUGACCAGUGCAGCAUCCAUUGAUGGCAAUCGGUCCCGUUCUCGAACCCUGUCCCAGAGCAGCGAAUCUGGGACUAUUCCUUCAGGGCCUCCAGGGCAUACCAUGGAGGUCUCCUGUUGAACAACUCUUAUUAUUCUGGUGUGAGACCCAGUCCUCACUUCCCACAGCACUAACCUGGGAGGUGCAUUAGUGAGUUGGGUCAGAGUAAGUAAUGAAAAUGGGCAUACCAUGCAGGGAGAUGACCUUGAUAUUUGAUUGCUACCUUAACCUUGACCUUUAACCUGUGAUUUUUCCCCAGUUCCUGGGAGAGAUGUCCUAAUAUCUCUUAGAGAACCAGGCCCCUACAUUAUUCCCUCUCCCAUUUUGGUUUCAAGAAGGCAUAUGUCCUCUCUCCCUGGACCAAGUGUCCAUAGAUGAAGGACAAGAGGUUGUUGUAGUUGCCAUGAGACCUCCAUCAGUCUCACUAUUUAUCUCAUAUUUGCACGGGCCAGGGAUUUGGGGCUGGGGUUCCAUUCACCAAAGAUGAUAAGGCUUUUUGUUGACUCUUCAGGUCUCUGAAGGAAUAACAAGUGAAUGUGUGGGUCAGCGGUCCUUCAGAUGUGAUAGAUACAUGCAGCAUGUAAAACGGAAGUUGGAAUGGGAGAUGGUGGGUAGUGAAUGAGAGUAGUGGGAGGAUUGGAGCUAGGGUAAUAGAGAGGGGCCUGGGCCAUUUGGCUGCAUUAACUUUGGUAGCUGUCAGUGUGCAUCUAGAAUGGAAUGGGGGAAGGAGCCAAGCUUGGCACAAGGGUGGGAAGGGCUACCUAGGGCUCUGACCAUAUUGUUAAGUGUGGAAGGUGGUCUCCUGUCUCCCACAUCUUCUGCUGUGAUAAUAAACUAUAGAGGAAUUUGAGCACCAUUAUUAA